UUCUUCGCCGUUGUAUUCCUCACUAAACAUAUUUGAGAUGUUAUUAUCAACAUUAUAAUCCUAUAGAUUCAAACACAGGUAAGAACUCGUCGUUCGACUUUGGUCUUCAGGUUGCUGUAGGAGCAAUUUUUCCAGCGUUUCAAAUGGAGGCUUUUCUCGGUUCCAUUGGAUGGUCUCUUUCAGCCGCCACAGCGACAGGAAACUGCUUUGUAGUCGUUCUUAUCGCAAAAAAUCGUCGACUUCAUUCCUCUGCCAACUGGUUUGUUCUUUCUCUGGCAGUGGCAGAUUUUGUGGUUGCAGUGAUCGUCUUUCCAUCGGGGUAUAUUUGUAACAAACUAAUGGCGUGCAACCAAGAGAUAGAAAUGGCACUUUUUUGGUUUGCUAUUCACGCUUCGGUCACAAAUCUUUGCGCAUUGACCCGGGAUCGCUAUGUCGCCAUUGUUUACCCUUUCAAAUACAUUGCAUCUAUAACCAAUAGACGACCCGAUAAAGUUAUCAUGAUAGCAUGGUUAACUCCAUUUAUAAUUUCGCUCGCACUUUUUGUCGGAAUGUACAUUACAACUUCCGAGACUGCACGGAAAGUUCUACGAUUGACGGGUGUCUCUGCCUUCGACUUGAUAUCCUGCAUGCUCCUCUUGUAUGCUGUUGCUCGGAUCUUAAAGGUGGCUCGUGCUCAGUCACACCGGUCAACUGCCAUCGAACUACAGCUUCAGUCUGGCCACUCUUCCAUAGCUGAAGGAGAGAAUGUGGCAAUUCGUAGACAUAGGAAACACAACACCGCUCGCUUUAUUAUUGCUCUUAUCUUGUUUUUCCUGGGAUGUUACGUUGUGGCAAACUGUUUGAUCUUGUGCCUCAGUUUCCGGGCUUGCAAUCUCUCUGAGAAAUCCUCAAAGAAAGCUGGACAGGUCCUCAAUUUACUCUUUGUUCUUAACUCCGCGGUGAAUCCACUUGUCUACGCUUUUUUAAAGAAAGACAUCAAAAGAAAAAUAAGAGAAGUUUUCCACAAAGGAAACUAAA